UCUCUCGAUUUGUGUUCCAAAAAAAAUUCGUUUAAAGGUGUUAGGGGUCAUAUAAGAAUUUAUGGAACCAAAUUGAGUUUGAAUUUGGCAAAAAAAUAAUGUAAAUUCAUUAUUUUACAUAUUGAGACAUGUCUCAAAUUACUUGUCAUUAUUUUCUUAGUAGCUGUAAAAAACUAAAAAUUGUUCGUGCAAGGUUUUAGAAUCAUUUUAUCAAUUCCUCAAAAGAAGAACAAAAAAAAAAAAAACAAACCCGAUUACCCGAGUGGUCCAAAAUUUCAGUCCUUCCUUUUCCAGAACUUGCUGCGACAUACUGUAUUUCAGAGCAGAGGUAAUGAAGUCAGUGGGGAUUUGAAGACGACGAAGAAGAAUAGUCCUGUUGCUAAUUAGGAAGAAAUGAGAAAUUACCUGAGAUUAGGGUUAGGGUUAGGAUCUAGGAAUUGGUCAAAAAUGUCACCUCGCAUACCAGCAGGUGUUGUUAUUGGAUCGAAGGAUGUCGCUGCUGAGUAUUUUCGGUUUUUCACAACUUCUGAAAAUCAGCCUCAUUUAUCAGCCGACAUCAUUCAAAUUAUGGAGCAAAGGUUGUCAGCUAUUGAGCGAAGGAGUGCCUUGCUUCAGGAUAUCAUCAAUAAGACAGCCUGAUGCCUCACCAACCGAGUAUGCGAGAGCCAAUAAGGACUUUAGGAAACUCAGAAGUUCCGUGGACUUAAUACAUGACUUGAGAGCAAAGCAGAAGGAGAUUGAUGGUCUCAAGUCACUCAUGGCUGAGUGUGCUGAUGAAAAAGAUAUGCUUAACAUGGCAUAUGAGGAAUUGGAUCAGGCUGUUGAAGAGGAGAAAAGGCUGCAAAUGUUGCUGCUGAAAUCAUUGCUUCCAAAGGAUGAUGCUGAUGAAAGAGACAGCAUCCUGGAGGUGAGAGCAGGUACUGGAGGCGAAGAAGCUUCUUUAUUUGCUACGGAGAUAUUCAAAAUGUAUGAGAGGUACUCACAGAAGAAGGGAUGGAAAUUCGAAGUUGUUUAUAUAACAGAGUCUGACCUUAAAGGAUUCAAGGAAGCUAUUGGAUUGAUCUCAGGGGCUGGUGUGUAUGGGAAGCUCAAAUUUGAGAGCGGUAUUCACAGAGUUCAGCGCGUUCCUGUAACCGAGAAGUCUGGCCGCACUCAUACCAGUGCUGUGACUGUUGCCAUCCUCCCUCAGGCUGAUGAGGUGGAUGUCCAAUUGAGGAGCGAAGAUUUGAGAAUUGAUACUUACCGAUCUGGUGGCUCAGGUGGUCAGCAUGCUAAUACUACAAAUAGUGCUGUGAGGAUGACCCAUAUUCCGUCUGGUCUGACAGUGGCUAUUCAAGAUGAGAGGUCACAGCACAUGAACAAGGCCAAAGCAUUGAAGAUACUAUGUGCGAAGCUUUAUGAAAUUGAGAGAUUUAAAAUGCAGAUAAACCGAUCGAAGCUUCGGGCAGAGCAGAUCGGCAGUGGCGACAGAUCUGAACGCAUUCGUACAUACAAUUUUCCACAAGGGCGUGUAACUGAUCACCGUGUUGGCAUUACGCAUCACUCUAUAGAUGAGGUGCUACAAGGGGAAAGUUUAGAUAUGUUUAUUGACGCUCUUAUCUUACAGCAGGAAAUGGAUGCUAUAGCAAAUUUCUCAGCCAGCUAAGUAUUUAUUUAGACUUCAGAUAGAGAUAACCUCGAGUUGCACCUCUUUCAAGCAAUCGGAUUGUGCCAAUACUCGAUUUUUGUCCGUUGAGAUUCCAAAUACUAUAUGCGAGUUAUCAUUUCUGCCACAUUUACUUGUGAAAAUAGAUUUACUUAUCAUACGCUUACCUAUAUUUUUUCUUCUAAUUGAAAAUAAGUAUAAACAAAUUUUAGUAAGAGUGCCUCAUUGUAAUACAAACAUGAAUUGCCAUUUGAAUAGGAUCAUAUGCAACCAACCGAUGAGGUCUUGGUCUAGUGGUUAAAAUAGAGAGUUUGUGUACAGUUCAAAUUU